UCUAUGUUGAACUUUGGUCCCUCUGAUCUGUGAUGCAGAAAAGUGCCAUGGUUCUAAAUGCUUGCACAGAAGCAGGACGCUUGUUAUUCAUCUGAUAAGAUAUAUGAUGCUGGGCGUACAAAGGUUCAUAUGCUUUGAGGUUGUGGGCAACAGAGACACUUCCUGUAUUACUGCAGAGUGAAGCGUCUGUGUGCAGACAUAACACUGCAACACUUCCAAAGUCGUCUGAUUUAUCUCCAACGGCCAAAAUGAAAGUCGCAGCCUUUAAUGUGAAGAACUUGGGACAUCAGAAAGUCACAGACAAAAUGGUUUCCCAGCACCUUACUAAGAUAAUCUCUCAGUACAGUGUAAUUGUGAUACUCGAGGUGGUAGAUAAAAGCGGCAAAGCCAUGGAGACGUUGCUUAAAAAACUCAAUUGUACUGCAGAUCAUCCGUAUAAAAUGAUCUGCAGCUCCAGUCUGGGCAGAAACACCUACAAGGAACAGUUUGUUUGUUUCUACAGAGAAGAUGAGGUCAAGCUUACAGCUCAGUAUCAGUAUGAAGAUAAUCAGGUUGGAGAUGUAGAUGCCUUCGCAAGAGAGCCCUUCAUCCUGCGCUUCAACUGUCCCUCCACAGUUGUAGAAGACCUGGUCCUGAUUCCGGUCCACACCAAGCCAGAAGACUCAGUAAAGGAACUUGAUGAGCUUUACGAUGUGGUCGAAGCUGUCAGACAGAAGUGGGAAACUAAUAAUAUCAUGAUAUUGGGGGACUUCAACGCAGAUGGUCGAUAUCUUUCCAAGAAGAAAAAGGAAUCAAUCCGCAUCUCUUCUGAUCCCUUCUACUGGUUGAUAGAUGACGAUGUUGACACCACGACUAGUAAUCAUAAUGACCACACCUACGACAGGAUUGUGGUGUAUGGGAAAGAAAUGCUGGAUGCCAUUGUUCCUGACUCUGCAAAGUCUUUCAACUUUCAAGUGGAGUUUGGGCUGACAGAUGAAGAAGCUGGAAACAUCAGUGAUCAUUAUCCUGUGGAGGUGGAGCUGGAGACUGUCCAAACAGCAGCAAAACCAAAGAAGAAGGCUUUACCCCAAACAAGAAAAACAUCCCCUAAAGGAAAAGGUCCAAAGAAAGGAUCAGAAAAUAGGACCAAGCCAUCAGAAUCCAAGACUUCAGGGGCAAAAAAGAGAAAAGAACAAUCACUUGCAUCCAAGACGGCAACAAAAAGGAGACGUUGAGCCACUUUAACCAGUCAUUACCAAACUCAUUGUUUAUUAUAGGUCUUUCUUCUUCUAGCCUAUAUUUUUGUAGAAAACUCAAUGUCCAAUAAAGAAAACAAAUAUAAGUCUA